CCUGGAAAAAAAUGAUGACGUCUUUUCUGUGCUAGAAUAUUAUGGGCUGUCUGGAAUUCACUGCGAGACUGAGGAGAAAAAUAUAGUCUAGCGUUCACCACCAAGCUUAGCUAACGGUAGCUGGAUUGAAGUAAACAUGGAGCUGUCUGCAGUUGGGGAACGGGUUUUCGCAGCCGAAUCUAUCAUCAAACGGCGAAUAAGGAGGGGUCGAAUGGAAUACCUUGUGAAAUGGAAGGGCUGGUCACCGAAAUUUAGCACUUGGGAACCAGAGGAGAACAUAUUGGACUCCCGCCUCUUCGUGGCUUUCGAAGAGAGGGAGCGCGAAAGGGAACUAUUUGGGCCAAAAAAGAGAGGACCGAAACCGAAGACAUUCCUGCUUAAGGCUCAAGCAAAAGCUAAGGCCAAAUCGUACGAGUUUCGGAGUGAAGCUGUCCGGGGAAUACGGAUCACCUACCCGACCCCGGAGCCCAUCGUGACCCCCAGAGCUCGUGAGGGACUGAGAGCUGUGGUUCCCACUAUCUUCCCACCCAGCACUGUCAACCGGGGCGAGAGUGUGCGGGUGAGGCCCCCAGAACCAGUCCGAGAGCACCGUCCCCUGGCCCUCCAGAGGCCCCAAGGCCCAGAUGGCUUCUUAAGCGGCCCCAAGAAGAGAGGGCCUAAACCUAAGCUGCGAUUUAAGGACAAUCCCUCCAACGCUCUUCCCACAAUUCCAGAGCCGCCCAAGAGGAGAGCAGAGGAGCAGGUGACCUACAGCCCACUAAAACUGGCCAAGCUGGGCCUGUCAGACGGUGACAAGAGGGGUUCUGAUAUGAGGGUUAAGUCCGCCCACAGGCACCAGGAGAGGCUGGCUGGUCAUUCUCACAGGCAGAUGCGUCCCGUGCCAAGUGGUAGCACACAGCAGCACUACAGCCAAAACAGAGGCAUGUUGCAAUCACAAAGGAUAGGCUCUGAUGCCCAGGGCUGCAGGACUACAGAGUGCCCAUCAAGCUAUGUAUCCUCUCCACACCUAAAACAUCUGUCAAAAAAGAAUCUCCAUCAGCCCAACGAAGAACUGGCACAGAUGGAGACGCCUUCUCUCAUUGCCAAAAUCCCAGUGUCUCGAAUCCUGGGCGAACCAGAUGAGGUCACUUGGAGGCCUUGCCUGACCAAUGUGGAAAAGGUUUUGGUAACUGAUGUGACCACAAACUUUUUGACAGUGACUAUCCGGGAGAGUAGCACAGAUCAAGGAUUCUUCAAAGAUAAAAGAUGAUUUGCUUUACUUUCUUCUUGCCAUGUCUGUCUCCUUUUGUCAAUAUUGCAUCGAAUGAUUUAGAAAAUGUCUACUUACUAGUGUCAUUCAUCUUUCAGAUUUUGUAUGUAAUGUAUAAAAACAAAUACAGGAUUAUAUGUGCAUAUGUGUAUAUAAUAUAGUCGAAUGUCUAUUUAAUGUUACGACCAAAUCAAAUGAAGUCCGUUGAAUUUCUGAACUUCCAGUGUUGGCCAUUUGAAAGACAAGCAUGCCCUAUGCUUGUGCAGCGGUUUGCUUAUGAGCUUUUAUAAUUAAAUAAUUUGCUUUUAAACAGUCCCUAACAAUUCAUUUCUGACAAAAUUUAAUUUUGCCAAUGGAGUACCUUUAAGUCAUAACAAUCAUUGAUUAAAAUAGACCCAGAGUAAUCACAGGCCUUCCAUCAAUUACUGUAAGACCUAUCAGCCCAUCUCGGGUCAUACGAUUUAAAUUUGAGGGUAAAGCACUUUUGAAAACUUGUCAACAACUUUUGGAAGGAUUAAUAAAAGGUGAAUAAAAUGUAGGACUGUCUUGUUGAUUUACGUGUCCUGUAUAGGAGUUAUUUUUAAGGUCUAUUUGCCUUUAGAAUGCUAUCGGUCAAUAUAGAUGUAUGCGGAUGACCAUUUCGUUUCCAGAUUUAAAAAGUAAUGACUACAAAUGGGAGUAAUGGAAGGAUGUUUAUGACCUGUAUUUGUCUAAAAUGUGUAUUGACGUUAUAAAACUGUCUACAGGAUGACAACAUUGUGGACUUAAAAAAAAUGCUUUCAUGUAGGCCUAACACGAUGGUGACAAUGAUCUCGCAGUUUGCUUUUGAGACGCUUUCCAGUAAAAUUGUUGCAAUUUA